GCGAACCGCUCUGCACUCAAAGGAUUAGCAUUACCUUACGUCGAUCAAUGUUCAUGUCGUACCUUUCGUAGAUGGCAGCACGGAGAGAUAUCUCCUCAUUUUUUGGUAUGAAAUAUGAAGCGACACAUGUCUCAUAUCAUUUGACUUUCUCGCCGGAUUUGCUAUUCUUUGUUAUUUCAAGAGCGACAAAAAUCCUUCGACACGUAAAACGCGAGAGUGCGGUUCCAAGCAGUUUCACAGUAGCAUUUCCUAGCAACUUUUGUGACAUACCUACCAGGAUGAGUAAGAGAAAAUGGGCUUCCCAGGGCGCUCGAGGCAGAGAGAGCAGUGUUUCUCUGUCUCAAGACUGUCCUGGUCCGAGUAGCCAGCUUGUCGUGUCGUCAUCACAACGAAACACCAGGAGCUCAGCCUUUAGAGAAUCAUUACAGUUAAGUAGCUCGCAAAGUACGAUAUUACAGAAUAUGGAUACUCAGGAGGAAAUGCAGUUGGUUAGCUGUGUAAUAAGGUACCUACUUGUGGCUGAUCGGAACAAGCUGCCGAUACAAAAGAAUCAGAUCAUCAAGAACGCCCUGAACGGAAACGGCAAGCAGCUCCAGUUGAUUCUGGAUACAGUGAGGAAGCACUUACUCGAGGUAUUCGGGUACAAACUAAUGGAGAUUGAAUCCAAUAGAUACAUAUUGAUAAACGAUGUAGCGAACCAUCUUCCACAUCUGACUUUUGAGAGCACCGCUGGCGCCCAAGUGCUCCUAUUCCUCGUGCUUGUACACAUAUUCAUGCUCGGCGAGUCGUGCAAAGAAGAAGCAUUGUGGGACUUUCUUCGUAAACUAAACAUUAUAAGAUUUGAAAACGUCUUCCUACACGAAUACUUCGGCGAUAUCAAGCAGCUGGUGACAGUUGAUUUUGUGAAUCAAAGAUACCUGGAGAAAAUAGUUAAUAAGGAUGAUACGUCACAAGUCGAGUAUGCGUGGGGGAGACGUGCGAAAAAUGAGAUUACUUAUCGUUCCGCUUUGGAAUUCGUGGCAGAAAUAUAUGAUCAGUCUUCUCUAAAUAACUGGAAAUUGCAGUACAAAGCUGUGAUCGCGCAAGAACAGGGAAAGCAAUCAUAAGAGUUACCUAAGAAAACGGCAUAAACGUGAUUACCCAAAUUAUUUAUUCUUUUAUUCUUAUAACACGAAUUUUAAAAAAGAAAACUAUGAUAUAAAAAAUAUGUUCCGAUAUAUAUGUAAGAUAUUUUGAAUACUCAAAUUAACUACUAAAAUAAAAUUUUAUUUUCAUCGAAA